GCCUAUGAAGAGAAGAGAAAAUUUAGUCAGGAGAAGAGAGAAUUUAGUCAGGAGAAGAUAGAAUGUAGUCAGGAGAAGAUAGAAUUUAGUCAGGAGAAGAUAGAAUUUAGUCAGGAGGAGACGAAAUUUAGUCAGCAGAAGAGAGAAUUUAGUCAGGAGAAGCUAGAAUUUAGUCAGGAGAAGAUAGAAUGUAGUCAGGAGAAGAUGGAAUUUAGUCAGAGAGGUAGCCAGGAGAUAAGAGAGUAUAAUCAGCAGAAGAGAAGUAGUCAGGAGAUAAGAGACUAUAAUCAGUAG